AUGAUCUGCAGGGCGGACCUGAUCCAGAGGCUGGCGGUCGUCGUCCAGGCUGCUUACGAGUUGAAGGCAAGCCUCGGGCGAGGAGGUGUCGGCCGUGUGGUGCAGGCGACCUGCCGGCGAACACAGAUCACCAGAGCUGUCAAGAUCACAAGCCAAAAGUCUGAUCCGUCAGGUUUCGAGGUGUCUCUGAUGAGCAAGUUGGACCAUCCGAAUGUCGUGCGUCUCUUCGAGACCUUCGUUGAGGAGUCCCAAGGCCAGAUACACUUGGUCAUGGAGCUUUGCGCAGGAGGUGCGUUGCCCAGCUAUGCCCGGGAGUUCUGGCCUCCCCUGGAAGAGGCUGCAGGGGCCGUGAUCAUGCAGCGGCCUCCAGCAGGGAGGUGGCAGCUGCUCGGGGCGGUGAACUACCUCCACAAACAGUCGCUGAGCCACGGGGACAUCUGCCCUGCCAACGUCCUUAUGCUCCACUUCGACCGACCGCCUGAGCAGAACGUCACGAAGCUCAUCGACUUCGGAGCGCACGCAGGGCGUCGGACGCACGAUCUUCCUUCCUCUGGCUUGGUCAUGAGAGCUUUGCUGGGCUGGUGCUCCGGAAUGAAGGGUGCCUCUCUGCGAGAAGCCCCCGUGAUGAAGAAGGGCCAAGCGGCGGUCUACAGCGAAGGGGGCCUCGGUGUGCCCAUCAGCAAGGCCGCGGGGGAGCUCCUCGCGCGCUUCGCAGGCUCCGAGACCGACGCGGCCUUCACUGCCGAAAAGGCCCUGUGCCACACCUGGUUCAUCCGCGCAAGGCACGGAGAAGUUCCGCUGCGCAAGGCGACUUCCAAGCGAGGUGCGAAGCCCGAGGGCAGCACGCCAAGAAGUGACGCCGAUGGGUCAAAAGAGGCAGGCUCACAUGGCAAGAAGGACAAAGAAAGUGGUAGACGAGACAGGAACAAAGAGACCAAGCCGAGGCGUGAGCGAGCAAGGGAAGAGGGCGAGAGCUCUACAGGGAAUCGGAAGCAUUUAGCACUUGGAGCCGUGGAAGAAAAGCCCGUGACAGCUGCAGGGUGGUGGGGUUCGCGAGCGGAGCUCCCGCAGAAUUUCGUGGCACGGCUGCGCGCUUUCUGCAACGUCAGCAGCGUCUCCAGGGCCAUUCUACUCCUGGCGGCCGACUGUUUGGAGGAGGAAGCCCUGGCACCACUGCGGGCGGCCUUCCAGCGCUUGGACGGCUGGUGCCCGGACGGCCUGCUGACCGAGGAGGACUUGAGGCACCGGCUUCCAAAGUUGGGCUGCAAGGAUGCCCCGAAGGACUUGGACCGCUUGCUUCUGGAGGCCGACGUGGAUGGGGUGGGGCUGUUGGACUACACCACGUUCCUCGCCAUUGCCAUGGGUGCUCAGGAGCUGCUCUCCAGCGAACUUGGCCAAAGAGUCUUCAAUGUUCUCGAUCGAGACCAGGACGGCAUCAUCUCCGUGGCUGAUCUGGCUGCUUUCCUGGGCCGUGACGAGACACAGCUGUCAUCCGGGCUUGCGCCACUGACCUUCGAAGGUUUCCAGACACUUCUGACAGACCUGGCCAAGCGCCAGGAAACCUUCGGGGAACCGUUGUCGGAGGUGCAGCAUGUCUUGUCCUCCGCAGCUGUGGAGCGGCUUCAACUGGCAAUGGAAACGGUUUCAGGACUGGCUUUUGGUGAACGAUCUGAAACCAUCAAGGCCAAGCGCCGCCUUGCGGAUGCCGCAGCGAAAAAGCGCCUUGCCACGGAAGAGCGGCGCCGAAAGGAGAAGUCGAGGAGGCGAAGGAAAGUCCUGCCUUUGGAGGGCCCUGGCCAGCGGGAUGUGCGUGCAGAGGCAGACCCUGUCGCGAUGAGCCUUCUCGUGGAAGACAGCAGUGACGGCGAUGGCGGCGACGUCGGUGAGGGUGAUUCUGCUACACCCUCCGAGCCCUCUCAAGCGCAGUCGCACGCCUCGCAUUCGGAUGUGGGAAGCCGUUCCGCGGCCACCAGCACCGCAAGCGACCCGGUCUUCGUCGAAAGAGUCGACGAAUCGGAGCCCGGGCGCGCCGGGCUCCGACCUGAAACUCGUCCUCCUCCUCGCCGUCGUGACAUCCAACGCCUCACGGUGAGUUUGUAG